CAGAACUAGUCAGAUGUUCACAUCUUUCGGUUGAGUUCAAGUUUUUCAAUUUAGAUUUUAAUCUUUAUUAACUUCUUAAUUUGUUUGUUCAACUGAAUAAUGUCGCUUAAUAACUUAUAAAUAAUUAGGUCGUAGACAGAAGUUGUUGAUUUUGUAGACAAUUAACCUUAUUUCAACAAACUCGCGUUGAAACAUUGGUGCACAGUAGGCCUAGUAUGUUUAUAAGUUGUUCAGUGGACGUCAAUUUUAACGAUUUCAACAGUUCAAUGACUAUUAACUGGCCAAAACUAAGUGGCCAAGAACCAAUUAACUCAAUUUUCAUACUCGAUCAAAUAACUUGAGUGUUGACAUUUAGAAAUAUUGUUUCAAAUAUCGUUUGGUUUGUUGAGUAGAUAAUAUGGCGGAAAGUCAAGGAAAGGCUGUUCCAACAUUUUCCUCGUUUGAUAAUAUUGAACGGCGACCUGGAUCUCAUGAUAGGAGAAAUAAGUUGAAACUUUUUUCUUCACUUCCGAUUAGCAGUCAUACCGUAAUGAACAACACGAACUCAGGACACAGUGAUCUCAUGAAUCUUUCAGCUUUGUCUCGUUAUUCCCCCACCACAAUCCAGCACCAUCCUCAUCAUCAUCAUCACCACACGCACCAUAACAAUCAUCACAGUCAACAUAAUAGUCACCACAACAAUCAUCAAAGUCACCACGGAAAUCAUCAAAGUCACCACGGAAAUCAUCACAGUCACCACGGAAACAAUCACAGUCACCACGGACACCAUCACAGUCACCAGGCCGCGUCACCACAGGCCGGCAGUCGGUUUGAUGGCGCGACGGGUGGAGGGGGAGAGUUGGCUAGGAGAUCACUGUCCAUCAGAGUAAAUUCUGUCCUGGAGAAGUUCAAAUUCUGCCAGAGCAUACAGAGUACAGGAACGCUGCAAGUUUCACCCAAUGAUUGCUACGACUUUACAUCGGACGACAUGCAAGAUUUGGGCGAGAUCGGUCGGGGUGCUUUCGGCACGGUGAACAAGAUGGUGCACCGCACCAGUGGCACAGUGAUGGCUGUCAAACGAAUCCGAAGCACUGUCGAUGAAAAGGAGCAGAAGCAGCUGUUGAUGGACCUCGAAGUGGUCAUGAAGUCAAACGAGUGUCCUUGUAUUGUCCAGUUCUACGGUGCUCUCUUCAAGGAGGGAGACUGUUGGAUCUGUAUGGAGCUGAUGGAUACCUCUUUAGAUAAAUUUUAUAAAUUUAUUUACGAGAAACUAAAUCAAAGGAUACCGGAAACCACCCUGGGCAAAAUCACUGUCGCUACGGUGCGAGCCUUGAACUACCUGAAGGAGAAGUUGAAGAUCAUCCACCGCGACGUGAAACCGAGCAACAUUUUGCUCGACCGACGUGGCAACAUCAAGUUGUGCGACUUUGGCAUAUCGGGCCAGCUGGUCGACUCCAUUGCCAGGACAAGGGAUGCCGGAUGCAGGCCUUAUAUGGCGGUUAGUUGACUCAGUUCAAUUAUU